UGAUGAAGGGAACCAACUCAACAACAAUGUUAUGAAUAUCCUUAGCCAUUUUGCCUUUUCUCACCCAUUUACUAGCUUCACUAUAUGUGAUAAGCCUUGGUUUAAGGCAUAUUAAUGUAAAGCACCAGAGUUGGAAAAUGAUGGCUGCACCAACAAAAUUUAUGUUGAUGCUUUUUUCUCUUUUGUUAUGGCAAAGCUUCACCUUUGCUGACCAAGUUCCACCUUCUCCCAAGGAAAAUGAAUGCCCUCUAGCAGCAAUUGGUUGCACCCUUUAUGGACGCAAACUUGGUGCUGCCUCUGCAGGCUUUAGACUCAUAUGUCCUUCAGAGGAUGCGUCCCCUACCCCAGCCCACUCCAACAAUAUGCAGGGAAAGGGAAUGGACUAGAGUAGUCCACAGGCAUUUCGAAAACCAUGCCCAGAGAUCAUAGCCAUCCAUGAUUGAUGGAUCAAAGGAACGAGGGCCACACUGGGUGGCAAGUUGUUAGACCAUAAUAUGUUAGUUCUUAUGUCAUUUUACGUGUAUAUGGUUCUAAUAAAACGAUAAAAUUCAU